GUGGGACUCUAGCAGGAGAGGCAGUGACAAGGCUGCCCUUGCCUCCCUCUGAGCCUUCCCAGACUGAGAGGAGGCCUGAGGCAUGGGGAGGGGAUGGAUGCUGCGGACCUUUGUGGGAUGCUGCGUGUGGAUUUUGCACGGGCUCAGGGCUGCCGUCGCAGUCCCUGUCACCACGGAGGGGCAGUUUGGGGUGGACACAGCUUUUCCCUCCACCGCAGAGAGCCAAGUGACCCAUGCGCUGGUGCCGGAGAAUGCGGAGAUGAGUACUGCGGCGGCUCUGCUGCCAGGUACCGCAGCUGACGCUGAAAUCGCCGCCUCGCUGGCAGAUAGCUUUCUUGUUGGAGGCCCCACGAGCUCUUCCUUCCCCACUGGGGCAGAGCUGAGUGAUUUGGUGACAGCAGCAAAUGAAUACAGCUCCCGCUCAGCGGCAGGGAAUGAUACUGAGGCUGGUCCAUCACCUCCAGAGCAAGAAGAAACACAGGUGCCCACUGGAGACCCCCAAGCUUUGACAAACGUGACCAAGUUUCUUAAUGUGUCUCAGGAAAAUGAGUGGGGUUUGGAUGCUCCGGGUGCAGACGCUGCCUCAUUUUCCACACCUGAGCCCCUUUUCUCCCCAAAUGCAGAGCCUGACAUAGCAGGAGCUGCUCCUGACACAUCCCUUGGGACUACCCCAGCCUCCCUGCUCUUUGUGGAUGCCAAUAACAACUUCUCAGUGUCUGUGACAAGAGAGGGAGCAGAGGAUUUGGAGCCUGCUGCUGGCACUGCAUCUGUCCCACACUUCCUUUCUCCAUCAGCUGGUGGGGCACAGCCGACCACCAGGGCUAUUGAGGACCAGGCUGCUGACAGCCCCUUGGGUCUUGGCAUCACUGUGCCACCAAGCAGAGGGCUGGACACAGCCACCAUGGGAGUGAGCAAAGAAGGUGUAACCCUCGCUGCAGAUCUCCAAAGCAGAGCGAGUGCCCCCUCCUUGAGCCCAGACUCCGGGGCUGGGGAGCUGCUUGCAACAUGGCAGGAUGAGCAGGCAAGUGAGGCUGCUGGUGUCAUCCAGGGGCCGGCAGGAGAAACAGCCGUGGCUGCUGAGGAAGGUCCCACUCCUUUAGAGGCUGGAAAAGCAGGAGAUGCAAUAGAUGGUGGUUUUGGUGAACCUGACUUGUCCCAUCCACCUCUGGGGAGUGAGACAGUGUUGGAAGCAGUGAGAAACCCAGAGGAAACCUCCCGCCUUGCCAGCGAGACAGAGCUGAGCCCGGAUGCUUUGCCAGGACCCGACAGGAAUGAACAGGGAUCCUCAGGGGUGGAUAUAGGCAGUCCUAAUUCAGCCCCAUCUCCUGCAGCUAGUGAGGCACUUGCAGCACCCACAGAGCCUGAUGUGCAAAGUGCCACCGCUUCCCUGGCUGCCAUGCUGCUCCCAGCGCACACAGAGCCACUGCCCACUGGGACUGUGGCUCCAGCUGAGCUUUCCCUGCACCCUGCCCCAUGGGACACUGCUGCUGGUGGUCUGCUGUCCCCUGUGGACAUCCCUACCGGGUCUUUAGCCUCCCUUGCCUCUUCCAGUGCUGCUGACUCUCCUCAGCCAGUCCUGAAUGCUGUGGCUGGCACCCUUUCCAGGGCUGAAAAUGGAGCAGAGUUAUCGGUGAGCCCCAACCUCAGUGCUGCCAUGUCCCCAUCCCUCAGGGGGUCAGAGCCACAGGGGACAGCAGCUGGCGCUUCUGAGGGAGCAGAGCUCCCCUCAGCUGAUGUACCAGGCACCAGCUUCAACCCAGCACCGGAUGUCCCCAGCCUAGCAUCCCUCGGACCUGCAUCACCUGUCCCCAGUGGCUUGCCUGGCGUGGGCCUGGGGCUGCCAGCAGCAGAGGGGAGUGAAGCCGGUGUGGCAGAGCAGGCACUGGGAGGAGGUGGCAGUGCAGCCAGGACUGAGCCAUCCCUGAGCUCUGCUCCGGGCAGCAGGACAGCAGUCGGGAUGGAUCAGCUGCCUGACGCUGGGUCCCCGUCUGGUCCUGCCUCUCCUGAUGAUGUGGUUGCAGCACCUUCUGUUUUGGAGACUGAUGGAGCAGAACCCAUCGCAGAGGCAGCUCCUGGCCCUGACAGCCCUUCCCAGGCCCCUCUGGACAGUGAGGGUGGCCCAGACCUUGCUGCAACUCUGGAGGCUGAGAGUGCUGGGGAUGUGGCAGGGGCAGGAAAUCCAGAGAGCCCAAGCCCUGAUAUGGGCACCAGUCCUCCAGCCUUCAGCCCACAGCAGGAUCCUGUGAUUCUGGGAGAGCUGUCAGCAGGAGAAGCAGGAGCUUUGACGGAUGCUGAAGUAUCCCAUCCGUUGGCUCUCGGGAGUGGAGCAGGAGUGGCUACAGCCCUGGGAGAAAUGUCCCUGCCUGGACCUGCAGCUCCUGGCAGUGCUGCCCUGGAGCCUGGCCUUGGGGUGGCUGCAGGACAAGAUGUUUUGCCUGGUGAAUCUCCCAGUGCUCCUGGCUCUCCUUGGCCAGCCCCAGGUGCUGUGGCUGGCAUCCUUUCUGGGACUGAUGAUGAAGCAGAGAUGCCAGCCAGUCCCAGCCUUGGUCCUGUGCCCUUUUCCCUUGGAGGGUCAGAGCUGCAGGGGUUGGUGGGUGGUGCUGCUGAGGGAGCAGGGCUCCCUGGAGCCAACGGACCAGGCACCAGCUUCAAUCCAGCACUGGAUGCCUCCAGCUCAGUGUCUCUUGGACCCGUGGGACCUGUGUGGCCUGUCCCCAGGGGCUGGCCAGAUGCCAGCCUGGGGUUGCCAGCAGUGAAGGGGAGUGAAGCUGGUGUGGCAGAGCAGGCACUGCGAGGAGGUGGAGGCGCAGCUGGAGGUGAGCUGCCCCUGAGCUCUGCUUCAGGCAGUGAGACAGUGGCUGGGACAGAUCAGCUUCGUUACGCCGGGUCCCUGUCCAGUCCUGCCUCCCACAAUGAUGGGGAGGCAGCAUCCUCCAUUUUGGAGACUGAUGGAGCAGGACCCAUUGCAGAGGCAGCUCCUGGCCCUGACAGCCCUUCCCAGGCCUCUCUGGACAGUGAGGGUGGCCCAGACCUUGCUGCAACUCUGGAGGCUGAGAGUGCUGGGGAUGUGGCAGGGGCAGGAAAUCCAGAGAGCCCAAGCCCUGAUAUGGGCACCAGUCCUCCAGCCUUCAGCCCACAGCAGGAUCCUGUGAUUCUGGGAGAGCUGUCAGCAGGAGAAGCAGGAGCUUUGACGGAUGCUGAAGUAUCCCAUCCGUUGGCUCUCGGGAGUGGAGCAGGAGUGGCUACAGCCCUGGGAGAAACCUCUCUGCCUGGCAGUGCUGCCCUGGAGCCCGGUCUUGGGGUGGCUGCAGGACAAGGGGAUUUGCCCGGUGAAUCCCCUAGCACUGCUGACUUUCCUCAGCCAGCCCUGGGUGCUGUGGCCGGCACCCUCUCUGGGGCCGAUGACAGAACAGAGACACCAGCAAGUCCCAACCUCAGUACUCCCAUGUUCCCAUCCCUUGGAGGGUCAGAGCUGCAGGGGAUGCCAGGCAGCACUUCUGAGGGAGCAGAGCUCCCUGGAGCCAGUGGACCAGGCGCUGGCUUGAAUUCAGUAUUGGAUGCCCACAGCCCAUCAUCCUUCAGCCUGGUGGGACCCGUGUCCCCUGUCCCCAGGGGCUGGCCUGGUGCUGGCCCAGGGCUGCCAGCAGCGGAGGGGAGCGAAGCCGGCACAGCGGAGCAGGUGCUGGGAGCAGGUGGCAGCGCAGCUGGCGGUGAGCCGUCCCUGAGCUCCGCUCUGGGCAGCGGGACAGUGGCUGGGAUGGAUCAGCUGCCUGAUGCCAGGUCCCUGUCUGGUCCUGCCUCUGCCAAUGAUGUGGUUGCAGCAUCCUCAGUUCUGGAGACUGCCAGGGUGAGCUACCUUGGAGGAGUGCCCAGUGCUCCUGGCUUUUCGCAGCCUGCCCUGGGGAGUGCUCAGCUUGGAGCCCCUCCUGCCACAGGAGAAGCAGAUAAACUGGCUGAGGCCGUCCCUGCUGAUGGAGUGUCCGCUGGGGGACAGGGCCCUGCUGUGGAGGGAACAUCUAGUUCGGGAGCCCCUGAUGGAGCAGUAAGAGCUGUGGAGCACUCCGCACCCUCCUCUCUGUCUGUUGAAGGGUCUUCACCACUUGGGACAGCCGGCGUGACUACGGUGGGAGCAGGCCUUCCUGGUGCCAGUGGAGGAGCCGAUGGUUUGAAUGCAGGCUCAGCUUCUGGCCCAGGGUCUUCAGGCCCCGAAGGCACUCCCCUGUCUGCCCCUGGCAUCCAGAGUGGUUCAGAUCUUGGACCUUCUGACACAAAACUGAGCCAAGUCAAUGUGGUCGAGCUCCCUGGAGGAGAAGCAGGAGUCUCGGCUGAUCAUGAAGCUUCCCUGAGCACCAGUUCAGGAGAUGGGGCAGGAGCCAUCGUACAAAUAGCAGCCGGAGUGCUGGCUCCAUCUGCCCUUGCCUCCCCGCAGCAGACACAGACCCUGGUCCCGUCGGCUCUGGACACUGGCAUUGCCACUGCUGGCAUUACCGGCUUGCUGGGCUCUUCUCUGCUGCUCCCUGGGCAUGGGCUUGCUGCAUUGCCUGCCUCCUUGGGAGGCAUGGGGGAAAGCUCAGUGCAGGUGCCUAACGAGAAACCCCCCUCUCCCUCCAAUAUCCGGAGUGGAAGCAGCUUGGCGGUGGCGGGCACACUGCUGGCCUCAGCAAAGGCACUCAACAGGCCACUGGCUGAUGCUGAAACUGCUCUUCCUUGGUCUCCUGAAGACGAGACAGCCUCAGGAUUGCCAGCACCUUUGGGAGAAGAGCCCCCAGCUCCGAUGUCUCCCAACAUGGGUCUGGCUGCACCUCCUGCUCCCGAGGGGCUAUCUUCUGGCUCCAGGUUUUCCUCUCCAGUUUCAGCAAGUGACCUGAGAGUGGGACCCUCUGCACUGGAAAAGGGAGAUCUCAGGGCAGCCUCCUCAAAUCCUGCUGGAUCUGCCCUGCUCCUGCCACCUCCCCAGCCUGAAAGCCCUGGGGUCCUGCCCAGCUCUGCAGCUGCUGAAGGGAGAGGGGAUGCAGACAGCCCAGGGGAGCUGAGUCCUAGGCUCCCCAGCACAGCGGUGAGGCCAGGGGCCGCAGCUCUACUGCCUCCUGAAGUGCCCGUGGAGCCCCCCACUCAGCCCUUGCUGGUGCAAGGGCCUGCAGGAGGAGGGUCCUCUGGCCUUGCUCCCAUCAGGAUUGCUGCUGAGAGCACCAUGACAAAAAUCCUGGGACCAGGAUCUGCUGGCGGUUCAUCAUCUGUGGCCCUGCAGCCCUCCUCGGGUGGCAAGGCGAUCGCUGGCCUCACCAACGUAGCUGCUGCUGGCUCUGCUGCUGCUGGGUCGAGUGUCCCUGCAGCCUCCCCGGGCCAGGGAGCAGCCCAGGGAGGGCCACCGGCAACCGUGCACCCAGCCGUGUCCUGCAGCCCCACAGCUGCUGGCCCAGCCUCACCAGCCCUGCUCCACGGUGGCACAAAGGCGCUCCCUGGGCAUGGAGCGAACGGGGCAGCUGCUCUCCUCCCUCAAACAUCAUCUGCUGCACUUCCAGCUCUGCCGGGAGGGCCUGUGGCCCCCGCAGCCCUGCUGUCCAUGACCACAGUUGCAGCAGUGCCGCUCUACGGAUAUGGAGCAAGGGAAAAUGACCGCGAGUACGUGGAAAGGAGAGUGGACUUUAAUUCUCCACUUUUCAAACCUGAGACUGGAUUCCCAUUCGGGAAAACCCUGCGUGAUUCUCUCUACUUCACAGACAACGGACAAAUCGUUUUCCCAGCCUCGGACAAUGACAUCUUCCCAUACCCCAAACCACCUCCUGGUGGGUUUAAUGGCCGUGAGAAGGUUCCCAUGAUUGCCGUGUUUUGGGAUGAUGCCGACUUCUCCAGAGGAGUUGGCACCACAUUUUACCAGGAGUUCCUCACCCUGAACUCUGCCAAGCCUCCCUUCAUACGUGAUGUGGAAGCCAAGAUUCGACGGUACAUGAAAACCUCGUACUCGGCAGUGUGGACCCUGAAGGUCACCUGGGAGAAGGCUCCUGCCCGCACAGCACAGACCAACACCAGGAGGACAAGCACGUACCAGGCUGUCCUCACCACUGAUGGCUUCAGAUCCUAUCUCCUGAUCCUGUACCAAGAUGGAGGCAUGAAAUGGGAUUACACCCAACUUGCUGCUACGAAUGUGCUGAUCGGCUAUUCCAGUGGGGAUGGAAUUUACCACAAUGACGAUCUCAUUCAAAGACCUCCGGCUGCUAAAUACCGCCCUGACCAGGUCAGGGGCUACAACACAGAUCUCCGUGGGCUGUGGAUAUACAAGCUGGAGAGCCGCGUGGGGGCCAACUACAGGCUGAAGUGCCUGGCGUGGACGGGACGGCAGCAGGAGCCGCAGACGUGGAGCCGGGGCCUGCCCGCGUGCCCCUGCUCCCUGCAGCAAGGGCAGCGGGAUCCGCGCUUCAGGAGUGCCCGGGAAGGCCGGCUGGGCGCCCGCUUGACGAUGCUGCACUCCGCCUCUCCGAACCAGUACGGUGCCGGGGUCCGUUGCCUCUAUGACAGCCGGAGCCAGUUCGUCGAGGGGCGGCAGGAGAGGUACUGGCGGUCCUCGAGACAAGCGUCCCCCUACCGUGAUCAGGAGCUGAAGUUGCACGACUGGUGCUGUAACCAGGCGGGAAGUGCCCAACUCUGCGCCAGGUACAGCGAGAAGAGACCGAAGAUGGGCUGUGAUGGAUACCAGUUGCCCAGCACUGGGCGGUCGUCGGAAGAGGCAGACAGCUACUCGGCGGAGCAGGAAGGUGGAGAGGUCGUGUAACUUGGUGCUCACGCCAUUCCUUGUCCACAACGGUCUGUGCUGUGGCUGAUCCUCCAACAAGCCUUUUGCUCCUGUUCCCGCACAGGAAACCUGCGUGACCCGCUUUCCCCCAUUUGUUGUAGCCACAAUCGGCCCGUGCCCUCUGUGCAGGGUGGGCUUACGCAGCCAGUGCUUGCAGUUGUGUUUGCUGGUAGAAGUUCACAUUUCUUUCCCAGCUUUGUCACAGGGAGCUGGUUGCUUUAUUUGCUCUUUCCUGGCCGCAGCCUUGCAGGUACCUGUUGUGUUGGGCUGUUCCGAAAACCAGGCACCUCCUUGCUGGUGGGGAGGUGGGCAGUUGCUGAGCUGUGUCAGUCAACUGUCUCCUCUUCCCUGCAUCUUGGGGGAGGCAGGAGGGGGAGGGCUGGUUGUGUCCCAGCAUGUGGGAAAGGAUUUCUGCAGCUCAUGUGGGCCAAAUGCAGCCAAGCACCCGAGUGCCUCAUUGCCUCAGGUGGCCCCCCGAGACGGUCCUUAGAACUGGUGGUAUCUGCGUGUCCUGCAUCGACUCCUGUCCCGAGCCUUUCCUCCCAGGCAGUCCAGAGGCCCCUGCUUCCCAGAGAAGGAACAACUCUCUGACUCUGGACUGAUCCAGACUGAUGUCUCUGCCAGACAUGUCAGGGCAAAAUUCACCUCCACAAUCAGAAAGGGUGGUAGAAAAAUAAUUUUUUGUGAGAGGGCAUCUCUAUUUCUUAAAAAAAAAAAAAAAAAAAGAGUUAUCAAAUACUGUUCAUUCAAUAAAGUGUCUGAUGGGCAUAAGCAUCUCUGA